UCUAUGUUUCACACAGCAUUACUGCGUAUGCCCAGUUGACGGUAGAGGGGGAAUGUAUCGACAACUAUCUAUCAUAAGUGCGGGUUUACGUUCGCUAAUAUGCGAGUAGUGUGUUCAGUCACUCCUGUAGAGCUAAAUUCUUGAGCAAGUGUUUACAAAUUGAUGAAUUCGAGGUACAGUGUUGGCUACUCGAAGCGUAUAACCUCGAAUAUUUUUUCGGCGAAAAAAUUUGCUUUUAAAGUAAAAGUAAAUACGUUUAAUAACAUAUCGAGCGAUGGAAACAGGCGAAGCACACGAUAAAGAAAAGUCGAAUGAUACUUGGCUGGAUGCAAGCGACAUUAAUAUUUUUUAUUCGGGAGACUCUUCCGAAGUCAACAAUUUUGAAACAUUCCCGUUUUAUCAAUCAUCAGUCGAUCACGUGAAUGAGGUUAUGGCAUCACAACAAAAGUUUGAUGAAAAAAUAUUUAUUGAUUUUAAACCUGAACUCAAGUCUUUAUCGACAAACAUCUGCAAAACUGAGUAUCAAAGUUGUCAAUCUAUUGUGAAAAUAGAAAAUGAAAAUCAGAAUGACACAUAUGAAAAUUUAAUCAUUGAUUUUGAGUGUAAAAAUCUUAAGCCAGAAUUAACAUUACUAUCGACAACCACCUGCGAAUCAGCGGGUAAAAGUUUUCAACCUAUUGUGAAAGUAGAAAAUGAAUAUCAGGCCAAUUCCACGAGUGGGAAUUCAAUCAUUUUCAUAAAAAAAGAAUUCGAUUACGAUAACAACUGUCGAGUGAAUACAAGUUCCCGUUUUAAAUAUGGUGAAAUUCAGAACACGGAAAAUUUGGAAAAAAAUAGUGAAACAAGAUUAUCAUUCGAGUCAAAAAUAUGUCCAAAAGCAUAUGAAGCAAAAAAAUUUCCAAGAAAAAAUAUCAAAAUGAAAUAUGAUUCCAAUAGAUCGUCUGAAUAUGAAAUUUGUAAUAAAUCAUUAAGCAGCAAAUCAUUUGGACAAGCAGGUCCCCUCAAAUCUCACAUAUUUGAGGUACACGAUCAAAGCAAACCUUUCGAGUGUGAAAUUUGUCACAAAUCAUUUAGAUACCCGAGUGAUCUCAAGAAACACAUAAAUGGGGUACAUGAACGUAGCAAGCCCUUCAAGUGCGAGAUUUGUCACAAAUCAUUUAUAUACCAGAGUCGACUCAAGCACCAUGUCAUCUCAGUACAUUAUCGUAGCAAACCCUUCGAAUGUGACAUUUGUCAAAAAUCAUUUGGGCGAAAAAGUCACCUCACAGUUCACAUAAAUGGAGUACAUAAACGUAUCAAACCCUUCGAAUGUGAGAUAUGUCAUAAAUCAUUUGGUCAAAAAAGUAUCCUCAAAAUUCACAUAAUGUCAGUACAUGACCGAAUUCAAUAUUUUGAGUGUGAUAUUUGUCACAAAUCAUUAAGAGGAAAAAGUAACCUAAAAACUCAUACAAAAACAGUACAUGAUCGUAUCAAUCCGUUCAAAUGUGACAUUUGUCACAAAUCAUUUGGACAAAAAAGUAACCUCAACAGACACAUAAGGAUAGUACAUGAUCAUAGCAAACUUUUCGCAUGUGACAUUUGUCACAAAUCAUUUGGAUACAAGAUUGACGUCAAGACUCACAUAGAAGAAGUGCACUUUCGUAAAAAACCCUUUGAAUGUGAGAAUUGUCACAAAUCAUUUGGAUAUAAGCAUAUACUUCAAAGGCACAUAAUUACAGUACAUGAUCGACACAAAUCCCUCGAGUGUGAGAUUUGUCAAAAAUCAUUUGGACAAAAAGGUGACCCCAAGAAACACAUAACUGCAGUACAUGAUCGCAAAAAACCCUUCGAAUGUGAAAUUUGUCACAAAUCAUAUGGAUACAAACAUCACCUUCAGCACCACAUUAAAGUAGUACAUGAUCGGAACCAAUUAUUCAGUAGUGACAUUUGUCAAAAAGCAUUUGGACAAAAAGGUACGCUAAAAUCUCACAUGAUCAUGGAAAACUCCUACUAUUGUGAUAAUUCUCCGGAGACAUUUAGAAGCAAUGAAGAUUUCUAUAAACAUAUGAGUACGCUAUUUAGUUUUGGAAAAUCUUACAUCCAUUAAAUUAUUGAAAAAUAAUAAAAUAUUUCAAAUUGUUAUUCAUUUUGUCAUGACUGUCGUCGUAAAUAACCUCAGAUAAAACAA